AGCCGAGCGCUGUUUGCGAAUGACGUCAAUGCCGGAGCGCAAGAUGGACGCGUUCGGUCGGUAAGCGCUCGAGCCACACCGGAACCGAGCGAACAGCCGCCGCACGGAGAGCCCGUGAUUCUGAGAGGCGAGUAACGCGAGGAUGGACGCCGCCGAGUUCAUGGACAGCGUGGACCAGAGCCUGACGGAACUGGGCGAUGAGUUCACGAUGGGAGACAUCGACGAGAUGCUGCAGUUCGUCAGUAAUCAGGUGGAUUUCCCAGAUCUCUUUGAGGACCAGAUGGGGGGUGGAGCCGUGGCCCCCGUGAGGCCCCUCCCACAGAUGGCCCCCAGCGCCAUACUGACACCCCCACACACGCCCAUACAGACCAGCAGCCAGACGCAGACACGCACACCGCCGCUGCUGCAGCCGCGACCACAGCCAAUCACACAGAUGCAGACGCAGACAUUCCCCAUGCAGACGCUGGCGGUGCAGACGCCGGCGCAGCCACAGACAGUGAUGAUCGCGCCGACCGGCACGCAGACACACCGAUUCAUCCACAACCAGGUGAUCUGCCAGCAGAACCCCGGCGCCGGCUUCCAGGUCCUCCAGCCGCAGAUGCAGAGCAUCAUGACGUCUCCGCAGGUCCAGCCCAUGACCAUCCAGCACCAGCGGCUGCUGACUCCAUCCGGUCAGACCUUCCAGACGCUGUCCACCGCGCCGGUCCACACCGUAUCGCAGCAGGUGCCUGUGCUGCUGCACCAGCCACAGAUCCUGAAGACGGACUCUCUGGUUCUGACCACGCUCAAACCGGACGGGACGCAGGUGCUGUCGACCGUCCAUAACCCGCCGGGCAUCACCACGCUCACGGCACCCAUCCAGACCACCUCGCUGCAGGUCCCUACGCUGAUGAGCAGCAACAUUCUGACCACCGUUCCCAUGGUGAUGGGAGGUGGAGACAAGCUGCCAAUCAAGCAGCUCUCCUCGGGCACCAUCCACACAGGGGGCGGAGCCAGGGUGGCAGUGGAGCAGGGCGUGGCCGUUACCGUGGGAACGGGAGGAGUUGUGAAGGAGGGCGAGAGACGGACGACACACAACAUCAUUGAGAAACGCUACCGAUCGUCCAUCAACGACAAAAUCCUGGAGAUGCGCGACCUCGUGAUGGGCAACGACGCCAAGAUGCACAAGUCUGGCGUUCUGCGUAAAGCCAUCGACUACAUCAAAUACCUGCAGCAGGUGAACCAUAAGCUCCGGCAGGAGAACCUGAUGCUCAAGAUGGCCAGUCACAAGCACAAGUCAGUGUGUCUCUCUGAUGAUGUGGAUCUGAAGCCGGAGGUGGCCUUUAUUUCUCCUCCUCCAUCAGAUUCGGGCUCCAUCUCUCCUCCUCAGCUCUCGCCCUUCUCCAUCGACUCGGAGCCUGGCAGCCCGCUGCUGGAGCACGAGACGGUGAAGAGCGAGCCGGACUCGCCGUCGUCGGUGGGAGUGAUGGACCGCUCGCGUCUGCUGCUCUGCACGCUCACCUUCCUCUGUCUGUCGCUCAACCCUCUGCCGUCUCUGCUGGAGUCAGAGGAGAGCGCCGGGCUGACAGCAGCACACGGAUCCUCGCGCUCGCUCUUCUCGCUGCCCACGCAGAGCUUUGGGGCGUGGCUGUGGUGCGUGUUGCCGUGGUUCCUGGUGUGGGUCCUGAGUGGGGUGGGCGUGGUCUGGGGGUGUGUCCGUGUGCUGUACCUGUGGGAGCCGGUCACGCCCCUUCACUCGCCCACCUCAGUGCGCUUCUGGAGACACCGCAAACAGGCUGACCUGCAGCUGUACCGGGGCGAUUACUCGGAGGCCGUGGUCAGUCUGCACACCUGUCUGUCCGUCUUGUCCAGAGUGCUGCCCUCCUCCACCCUCGACAUCAUCUGCUCGCUCUCCUGGAACCUGAUUCGCUACUGCCUGCGGAAACCCGCCCCCCUGGGCUGGCUGGUGCGUCUGGUUGGAGGGGGACACGAGGGGGAGGAGUCACAGACCAGCUCACGCGACGCAGCACUGGUGUAUCACCAACUCAGCCAGCUGCAGCUCACAGGUAAGCUGGAUCAGCGGCCGCUCUGGGGUGUGUGUGUGUCUCUGAGCGCUGUGAAUCUGAGCGAGAGCGCGGAGGGGAAGAUACUAGUCUCUCAGCGGAUCCAGAUCUUUGUGAGGGCAGCCAUCAGUCUGAGAGCUGCGCUGGGGAAACACCUCACCUGUCUGCCCGGUUACCUGCUGAGCUGCGCCGAGGCUCUGGCCUGUCAGUCAGACUCUAAGCUCCUCCCAGACUGCCUGCGCUGGAUCUUCACGCCGCUGGGCCGCCAGUUCUUCCUGAGCUGUGAUUGGUCAGUGAGGGCAGAGAGCAGCGAGCAGAUCUUCACGUCUCAGAGAGAUGAAGCGGAUCCCAUCACACAGCUGCACCGCUGCUUCUGUGAGAAGCUCCUGGAGAGAGCCGUGCACACGCUGAUCGAGCCGCAGAGCAGCAAACACGCAGAGGACGCUGGCUCUCAGGGGGUGGAGCUUCUGGUGUGUGACCUCCUCCUGACUCUGAGGACCAGCCUAUGGCAGCGCGGAGGCGGGUCUAACGGAGAGCCAGGCCCCGCCCCCGGAUCCCAAUUGGCUGGAUUCCAAAGGGACUUGAGCUCUCUGCGUAAGCUCGGCCAGGCCCACAGAUGGGCCCAACACAAGCUGUUCCUGCACGAGACGACGGUCCGACUGAUGGCAGGAGCCAGUCCCACACGCACACACCAGCUACUGCGACACCGAACACACAACUACAGCACAACCGACGGUGACUGUGCGCUGGGCGAGCGUGAGAGGGCUCAUGCUAUCCUGCUAGCGUGUCGUCACCUGCCGCUGCCGCUGCUAACGCCGCCGGGUCACCGCGCUCGACUGCUGGCCGAGGCCAAGCGCACGCUGGAGCGAGUGGGAGACCGCAGAUCCCUGCAGGACUGCCAGCAGAUACUGCUGCGGCUCGGAGGAGGAACCACCAUCGCUGCCACAUAACACACACACACAUAUAUACACACAUAAACACAAACACACACACACACAGAUACUGCUGCGGCUCGGAGGAGGAACCACCAUCGCUGCCACAUAACACACACACACUCACACUCACACAAAUAUAUACACACUCACACACACACACACACACACACUGAACCUUCUUUAGCUGUAUGUUAGUCAUGAUCAUGUUAAUAUUAGAUGUAUAUUAGUUUCAUCCUCAACAUACACAUAUACACAAACACACACAGGUUCAUUCAGAUCUACUGCAACAGCUAGUAAAUAAACGGCUUGUGUCUGCAGCUACCUCACACACACUCUCUCACACACAAACACACACACACAUAUACGUAUGUUGUACAGAACUGUGUCUUAUAGACCAAAGUCUUCAAGCGCUAGUGAGAUACAUGAGGGUUAUUAUAUAAUUAUUAUUUCACAUGACGACCUUAACACUUCAUCAUGUGUCAUUUCUUCAGAUUUAGUUUCUGAUGUGUUUGUUUUAUUUUGCUUCGGUAGUUUUUUGUCUUUAUUCUUUUAUAUUUGAAUAGAUGAAAGCUAGACUUUUAUGAUGACAACCCGUGAUGAAGAUGAUGUAAUGUCUCACACACACACAUCAGAAAUGAGCUGUUAAUGCAGAAAAAAUAAGCGUGUGUAUUAUUUGGUGUUUAUAAUAAUUUAAUCUAAAGCUCCUGGUUGUGUUUUAAUAUCUAACUGUAAUAACUCUCUCUGCAGCUCCGUCACAUGCACUCUUUCUGCUCUCACUCUUUCGUUCAUGUGUUUGUCUGAAGCUCUACAUCUUUUGAUUCUUUUUUUUUUUUGUAAUAAAACUGCAGAUGCCGUUGAAGAACCA